AUGUUCCUCUCCGCAACUCUUGUCCUCAACCCACCUUGCUUUAACUCCUCUUCACUCCCCUCCCCAACACAAACACUAAUGACUACUAUCGGGGUAUCCACUAAAAUCUGGGAGCGAAACCAGCACUGGAGUCUCUACCAACAGUGCGGAGUCUGGGAUAAAUCGACGAGGAGCGUUCAAGUCUGGGAAUGCAUUCGAGAUCAUGACUCUGUACCCGGAACAGAACCACCCAACACCCUAUACUGGCGAUUCAUUGGCCGUCGAUAG